AUGUUCAAUUUCCAACUUCUCCCCUCGACACAAAAGCCCUAUUUUGCUCUGCUCUAUCUCCACCCUCCGCAGAGUUCAGGCGAAGCGACGACGAGAUCGUGAUCUCUUCAGGUUUUCUUAGAGCAACGCAAUCGGGAUGAGCCGCUACGACGGUCGCGCCUCCGACCCCGGCUCCUACCGCGAACGGAGAAGCGAUACGGGACUGGGAAGCGGUUCUCAGAGCUACAUCAGGGGAUUCGAGUCCUCUGGCAAGCGAGACACGGGAGGCGCCGCGGACUUGGACCUGCUGACCCCCUUCGAGAAGAACUUCUAUGUGGAGUCGCCCUCCGUGGUCGCCAUGAACGAGGAGGAGGUGGAAGCGUAUCGCAGGAAGAGGGAGAUAACAGUGGAGGGUCGCGACGUCCCCAAGCCGGUCAGAGAGUUUCGGGACGUUGGAUUUCCAGAAUAUGUAAUGCAAGAAAUAGAGAGAGCUGGAUUUGUUGAACCGACUCCUAUUCAAGCACAAGGGUGGCCGAUGGCUUUAAAGGGCCGUGACCUCAUUGGUAUUGCUGAAACAGGCUCUGGGAAGACACUUGCUUAUCUGUUACCUGCAAUUGUCCAUGUAAAUGCACAGCCAGUCUUAGCUCUUGGCGAUGGACCAAUUGUUUUAGUCUUGGCUCCAACCCGUGAACUUGCUGUCCAGAUCCAACAAGAAGCAACAAAGUUUGGAGCUUCCUCAAAGAUAAAGAACACUUGUAUCUAUGGUGGGGUUCCGAAGGGACCUCAAGUUCGAGACCUUCAAAAAGGUGUUGAGAUUGUCAUUGCUACACCUGGACGUCUUAUUGAUAUGCUGGAAUCACAUAAUACAAAUUUAAGAAGAGUAACUUAUCUUGUUCUGGACGAGGCUGAUCGAAUGCUGGACAUGGGCUUCGAACAACAGAUUAGGAAAAUUGUUUCCCAGAUUCGCCCAGAUCGCCAAACUCUUUACUGGAGUGCUACUUGGCCCAAGGAGGUUGAGCAACUUGCAAUGCAGUUUCUCUACAACCCAUACAAGGUGAUUAUUGGUUCUAUUGACUUGAAAGCCAAUCAUGCGAUACACCAACGGGUGGAGAUUGUCUCAGAGAACCAGAAAUAUAACAAAUUGGUUAAUCUGUUGGACGACAUAAUGGAUGGCAGCCGAAUUUUGAUAUUUAUGGACACCAAGAAGGGCUGUGAUCAGAUCACAAGACAGCUACGUUUGGAUGGUUGGCCUGCUCUAUCUAUCCAUGGGGAUAAAAGUCAAGCUGAAAAGAUUGGGUUCUCAGAAUUUAAAUCAGGAAGAGUCCAGGCUAAAGGCACAGCAUAUACAUUCUUCACUGCAGCUAAUGCAAGAUUUGCUAAAGAUCUCAUCAAGAUUUUAGAAGAAGCUGGACAGAAAGUUAGUCCCGAACUUGCCAAAUUAGGUCGUGGUGCUCCCCCUCCUCCAGGUCACGGUGGAUUCAGAGAUCGUUAUGGAAGCAACCGAUCUUGGAGCUGACAUUUGAAGGAAGAAAAGAGGAAAUUGGCCGGUUAAAUUCCAAGUAAGCGAGUGGGUAUUCCUCACCUGCAAUUUCUAGAUCGGAUAACCAUACUGUAUGAAUAAUUGUGAUUUUCUAAUGUAGUAGUAAUAGUAGUUGCUCUUUUACAUUGUCUACCACUUUCCUUACUGCUUAAAGGUUAAAUGGAUGUUUUUGUAUUCGUACAAAUACGUAUUCGUACAAAUACAUCUUAUGGAGAAGAUUAUUUGAUGGAUAAACAAGAUGGAUAAGCAUCAUUCGAUAA